AUGGGAGAUCUUGAAGAAAUCCCUAAGCCAGCCCCACGGAGAAUCUUCCAUGAAAGACAGAGGAUCACGGCUUUGCCCCUGUACUUCGAAGGGUUUUUAUCAAUUAGGCGUGCAUGGCAUCAGGAAUUUAAACAUCACUGGACAGAACUCAGAGGAACCACACUUUUCUUCUAUAAUGAUAAGAAAACCACAAUGUAUUUUGAAAAACUAGAUCUAAUGAAUUUGACUUCAGUAACUAACAUUAGUCCAGAAAACAGAUGUUAUGCCCAAUUCAUCUUGACGCUGCCAAAUGAGGAAAUAGAGAUGAAGGUAGAAGACUAUGAAAAUGGGGAGGAGUGGAAAGGCUGUAUUCUCACAGCCACAAAGUUGUCAGUCCCAGUGUGCAUGUCAUUGCUACCUGGCCAACAAACUAGGAUGAAUGAAGUACUGGAGAAAGAAAAGAAAAGAAGGGCAGCAAGUGAACAGUUAUCUAGUGCAUCUCUAAGCAACGAGAAACCACAUGAUGGAAACUAUACUAACAUGAUGAACUCUAUACCUGAGUGUUACUAUGAAGUGUCCCGGCAAGAAGCCAUUGAAUUAUUAGAGAAGAAUCCUUCUUUGGGGAAUUUGAUCCUGAGGCCUGGUAGUGACAGCAAGAAUUACUCAAUCUCCAUCAGAUAUUUAGCAGAGGUUCCAUGCAUCAAGCACUACAAAGUGGUGAAGCUGGAAACAGGUUACAAAAUUCAACUGGAAAGACCGGUGAUGUUCCAGAACCUGCACGAUGUCAUUGACUACUUUGUCAAGGAAACGCGAUGGAACCUGAAGCCAUUUGUCAUGCACACUUAUGACAACAAAUCAGAAGCACUAGCUUCAAAGUACACUCCAACAGCAACGUACCUUAAGGGAGCAGAGAAUAUGCAUAUAAGCCCUGAUCUUGUGAAAUUCACAGAACCACUUUAAAGCAUCUUGGAUUUACUGCAGGAAUAUCCAGCUCUGCAAAUGAACCUCUUGGCAAAAGACCAAAAGAAACAAUAAGACUGAGUUCAGAGGCUGGAAAACACCACAUGAGCCAGCUCUUUUAGAGCUGCAAAUGCAGGUUGGGAACAAAACACUAGGUGGCACAUGCCUACUUGACAGAAGUCUUUAUAGCCUCAGAAAUGGCUGCGGGCUCCUGAUUCCAGGAUUACUGUGCACCAAAAAUAAAAGCCUGGAAGCUGGUGAAAUAAACUGCAGCAUCUGAAAUAGAAUGCCUUCAACAUUUGUACAGAGCAAAGUCCAUCUCCAAGGGCUCCAGCCCCAAGCAUGAGCAGCUUCCUUAAAAGCAAGAUGGGAGGAGGAACACCCUCUCAGCACCCCACCUCUUUAGAACCUCCAAAAGCAUAAGAAGUUCAGACUGCUGUAAACUAAGGUGGGCAAAGUGAAUCUCAAAAGGGCCCUCUCACCACGUGUUUGUUCCUACCAGUCUUAGAUUCCCAAGUUUAGUAAAUGGGGCUGGGGUGGUUCUCAGCUUCAGCUGCUGCAACAGUGUAUGGGGUGGGAGGGUGCGAAGCAAAGAGUCUUCAGCUAAGGUCAUUUUAGAGUUUGAUAGUUUAGAAUCAAAAUGUUUUGAUCUCCACCCAGAAGACAAGCAGUCAGCAAAGAUUUCCCUACUUCUGGUAUCUGCUACAAAGUAAAUGCUUGGAACUUGAAGCCACUUUAACAGCAGCAAGAUCCAUCUCUGUAAGUGGGCCAGUUCCUCCUAGUUAGGUAGAGCUUUCUGCUUUAUGGCCAUCUACGUUUAAACAAAUCUCAACAGUAGUUCUACACUAGAAACUGGAGUAAUGAAUGGUAGAUGCAUCCUUUUAAUGGAUCAGAGACAUUCCCAUCCUUCUCCUUGCAACCAGGUCAGUCUUAUUCAGUAGAGAAGAGAGAGAGAGAGAGAGAGAGACGGAAGCACUGCUUUGAACACUGUUCAAAGGACACAGAAAUGUACACUGAUUUUCCAUAGCAUUACAGUAACUUUGCAUAUACAGAAGACAUUCAAGGUUAAUCAUUUCAGAACAUAGAGCACCAGUCCUUUGAAAUAAAUCAGAGGCAGUUUAAUAUUUGAAAUUGCUAUCUGCAUGUUGCUGUGACUUGAAAGAAGUGAGAACUUCUAUUAUUCUUUACUGUUUACGUGUAACUUCCAAUGUGCAAAUUGCUUAAGAAAACAAUCAUUCUGUUUGUAAGCUAAAGCGAAUAGCAGUGGCAUAGUCCAUGUUGUCACUUAGGGUGCUGACAGACAUGCAGCUCCCCAGUCUAACUCAUGGUGCUUCACAGAAAGCGCCACGAAUUAGACCAAUCCUCCUGACCCAACAGACAUUUGCUGUUGGAUCUAGAGGGUAGAGGAUCAAACCCCACUUUGGGCCAAUCCAGCAAGAGAAGCUGUGUGUUUGCAGCCUCUUCCCCUAGCCCUGCCUCUCCUCUCCCAGCUUUAGUGCUGUCUCAGGAUAGGAGUGGGAAAGGACAGGGUCCAUUCUGGGGUUUGGAAGGGUGGACUGGAGCCCCCACCUUGGGGCGGGCUCCAAUCCACCCUCCUCCCCCCUUCCAGUAUAGACCAGGCAAACCCCAGACAGAACUGCCUCCCUUCCCACCCCCGCUCCCAUUCUGAAGACGGCUUCAGUCUAGCCUGGCUCUUGGUGUGCACUAACAGAAGUUAAUGAAGGCACUCUGCUUUGGAGCACCUUCAUCUGAACCCUCAUGUAAUGAGGGUUCAUUUGUCAUGCGAUCGGGCACUUUUUUUAAAGUGCUUUGCACCCAUGCACUUCUGCCAGCACACGGCUGUAGUGUGCUUUCUGUCAGUGCCCUUACUGUAGUUAGGGUUCAGGGUUAAAGGUAUCCAGGUGAGAAAUGGACUAGUGCCCACAAUGGCUCUUAUUUAAUCUUUCCUGCAAGUACAAGGAGAGACUGCAUCUAUGGUUACAGAACAUGCUUUUGAAGCUUUAUAUAAAUAGUUUAACUCUGUUUAAAAUAAAAAGCUUAGGUUUUAGCAUGCAAAUGUAUAAAACGAACAAACAAAAAAACCCUUGCACUUUUCCUCUUAGUCUAUGCUACUAUCACCCCAGCCCAAAAAUUCCCCAUUACUACUACAGCAGUAAGGAGAAACGGGGGGGGAUCACAGACAAGGCACUUGCCCUGUGCAUAGCACUUGAGCCACCCAGUUGUCAGGACCUACACAGAGUAUGGGUAAGGUGUAGACAUUUUAUGUACAUUAUGUUCCCAUCAUUAGUAGAAAAAACAACACAUUAGUGCAAAUGUGCCAGGGUCCACAGUGACAGAAGAACUAAUGAGUAUUCAACAUAAUAGUAGAGAGACUCAGAUGAAGAAGAGAUGGGGUUUUCAGUCAGACUAUUUAAAAUUCUGUCUUUAUGCCAACACUCAUUUAUUUCCAAGGAAUAAUAGUUUAGAGAAAAAUCAUUCAGAGCAAGUGUUCUAGCAAAAAGCAGUUGACUCACUCUUACAGAGAAAAGGCUUGCUAUAGGAUUGGCUGUGGGGAAGGUUCUAAUGUUACACUGUGCCCCAAGCAUUUAUAGUAAAUGAUUCCUCUAUCACAGCAUUUCUCAGCCCAUGGGUCGUGACCCAAAAGUGGGUCACAACAAUAUACGAAAGGGUCACAAGCAAACUUUAAAAAUGGAUCAACAAACUUUAA